GUUGUUUAGAGCCGAUGCACACGGGCGGCGCGUCGGCGUCCUGAGUUACACGCAAUCAAAUGGGAGAAUGCACACGACACCGCAACGCAACCGCACCGCUACCGCGACGCACCGUGUGCGUCACGCAAUGUCAACGCAUGCCCCACAGGAACGCUGCGGCGACGCGCGUUGAUUCACGCUGCGUGCACGCGGCGCCAUGGAUAGCCUUAUAAGCUAUUUUACGAGACGUUCUACCGGUGGGCCGCUCAUUGUUAUUGUUUACAUUUGGUGUUUUUGUUUUCGCGAAAAGUAGCAUAACAUGUGGUGAGCGCUAAUCAGAUUUUUGCUGGUAGAGAUGUUUCGGUUUCUAAUGCGGCAUGUAUGAAUCCCCCGAGCUGUAUGAUGUCACUAGCAGAUGAAAAAAACAUCCCCACGGUCUACGGAUAUUAAUUAUAGUGGGCGGAUUGACGCAUUUUUGCAGAUAAAUGAACCCCGUUUAUUGAAUGGACCCUAAUCACAUGUUAUGCUAGCGAAAAUGUAAAUAAAUGCGCCCACCGGUUGGACUUCAAAGCUGGUAAACAUUCAAAAAACAGCUGAUUUGAAACGUCUCAUAAAAUGCCUUAUUCCAAACGAUUCAGCUUUUUUCCGUGCAAGCAUGAAAAGACAACAUUACUAUAGAUAGACUGACCAUGAUUACCUGUCAAUAAUUUCAAGUUGUGUUUGGUUGUUUUGUUGCCGAUUUUGGAAAUCGAAAAGUGAGAAAUGCACAGCUUUUGGAGAUUACCGGAGGUUUUUGAUAAAGUUCUUUAUUAAAAAUGAGUAGUCGAUGCAGGCGGCAGUACUUCUUAGCGGAGGAAAACUAUGGAAAUAAAUAUGUCAAAAAACCAAAGCGCGUAAAGAUAGGGCUGCAGCAGAAUCCACUAAACGUUCUAUAUUCAGAAGAAUCCGAUGAUCAUGAGCUGCCCAACAACGCGGAUGAGGACGGCUCGGAUAAGCAAUCCCCUUGUUCUCUGCCCAAACCCCUGGAAUCAUUGGCGAGUAAACUGCAUCCAGAAGAUUUCGACAGUCCUGGAAAGCCAACUGGAGAAGGUGGAACGAUGGAAAGAACUGUUAGACAGUAUUACGACAUGGGCGAAUCGGAGUCAGAAGACGACAUUUCCAAUUGCACUUCCGGAACUUUGAAUGAUCUAUUUUCUUCGGUAAUCGCUAAUAAGCAAUUCAAAUGCAUGUCCGAUUUGAAAUAUUCCGAAGUCUUGUUCAUGGUAAUGAACUUUUACAUACGGCAUGGUUUGACUCAGUCAGCAUUGGAGGAUUUAUUAAAACUGCUAAAUGUGAUCACCGGAGUAAAAACCUUUCCUGAAACCUUUUCGUCGUUCUUGGCUCAAGUUCGAAUGAACCCAUAUAAUUCGUAUCGCGUGUAUUUUUGUACGAAUUGCCAUCUUGAUUAUGGAAAAGAUGAACCAAAAGUGAAUGUUAAAUGUCCUGUUUGUGACAGCAACGAAAAGGAUUUCUUUUUGGUUAUUCCGAUUGAACAACAGAUACGUGAAAUGGUUACGCAGUUUAAUGAUAAAAUCGUGAAAUAUGCGCAGACGAUCGAGAAAGAUAAACUUGCAGACAUCAAUCGAGGACAAUAUGCGAAGGAGAAACUAGCAGGAGAAACGCGAACAGUUCUGACUUUGAGCGCCAACACCGACGGAGCUGCCGCUUACAAAAGCACUACUCAAAAACCUCUGUACCCCGUGUUUCUGACCCUAAAUAAUCUUCCUCCAGUGGACCGGUUCUCGAAGCAUAAUCUGAUCGUUAACGCCCUCUGGUUGUCAAAAGGCGAGCCAAAUACAAACUUGUUGUUUAAAUACCUUUGCUUAGAGUUGAUCCAUUUAGAGAAAACAGGAAUUAAUAUAAACGGUUCUGUGUACUCAAUCAUGCUGUUGCAAGUGAACCUAGAUUCCGUCGCAAGAUGCAAGGUACAAAACCUGAAGCAGUUCAACGGGAAUUAUGGAUGCACGUACUGCCUUCAUCCGGGGGACUUGAAGGAAUCGGGUACCUCCAGGUGUUAUCCGAUCAGAAAACAAGUGGCGGCACGACAGAACAACACUACAAGGAAACAAAUGGACGAAAUGUGCAGGGAUGGAAAUGAAAAAUUUGGAGUUCUGGGGAAAACAGUUUUUGCAUCACUGCGUGCGUUCGAUGUGAUAUCAUCAUUCCCUCCUGACUAUAUGCAUGCAGUUCUACUAGGAGUAAUGAAACAGGUGUGGACCAUGUGGACGGAGAGCGAGUUUCACAAACAACCUUUCUACAUCGGGAACUCGUUGCAAGAAGUUGAAAAAAGAUUAUUGUCCUUUCGACCACCAUCGUCCUUCGCGAGGUAUCCUCGUCAGCUGAAAGAGUUCAAAAAGUACAAGGCCAACGAAUGGGAAGCCAUAUUGUUGCACUAUAUCUACCCAGCUCUCAAAGGGAUAUUACCACAAGUUUAUUUGGAUCACAUUAUGCUUCUUUCUUCGUCAAUUUUCAAGCUCCUAAGCCCAAAGCUGAACGAAUCGACUAUCAAUGGCUGUGAUAAACAGUUAAAGCAGUUUGAAACCAAAUUUCAAACACUGUAUGGAAGAGAGAGUAUGACGUACAAUGUUCAUUUAGUAAGACAUCUCAUACAAGCAGUUAGAAAUUUCGGAGCAUUGUAUAAUUUCUCUCUCUUUCCCUACGAAUCAGGUAGUUAUAAAAUUUGAUUUUCAUAUAAGGGACCGUUCAUAUACCACAUAAUCCAAAUUCUGACCGUCUCAGACUCUCCCCUCGUUGGCUUUUAUCCAUACACACAUUUCGAAAAGUGUAUGCAGCGUAGACUUUGAAUAGAACCGCCUUAAUCUUCAUUAAAAGUCUACGUGGUUUGUGGACGGCCCAUAGUAACCGUCACCAAUGGUUUUUCUAAUAUUAUUUCAAUACUUCUUUUUUUCAGGUAAUGCUAUGUUACUGGCUUAUCGAACAAGCAACAAGAAACCUAUUUUGCAAAUUGAGAAGAAAUAUUGCAUCAACAAAAUGUGCCACUACACAGAACUUCCUUCAGCUUCGCCUAUCCAAAACUGGGUGAAAACGGUAUGGACAAAAGAACACACUCCAUUACAGUUUGACUCUAAAACUGUAUUUGUUCCAUGCGAUUCAGUUGUUUAUGAUGACGAUGUAGAUGAAAGAAUUUUUAGCGUACAUAGCAGGUGUCACAAGAAUGGCUUAAUUUUGUGUACACGAGACAUUUGUAAAGGUAGCAACUAUGAUGAUUCAUGGAUUGAGAAAAAUGGAUCAUUUUACUGCAUAACUCACAUAUUGUGCGAUAAAAAUAACUUGAUUUACAUUGUAGGACAGCGUGCAAAAACUAAAAAGAUAUAUGAUAAUUUGUAUGCAUGCCAUUUAACUGAAGAAAUACGAGUUGUAAAAGUCAAUGAUUCAGUUCAACAGUGCAUCGCUAUGCAGAUAGAACAAAAUCAAACAAUUGAAAGAUUUAUUUCAAGGUGUAAAAUUCGAACGCAGUGCGAUUAAUUCUCAGUUGUUUUUUAUAACAUCUCCUUCAAUUAUAUGUAAUAAGGGUUCAUUCAAAUAUUACGUAACGCGAAAUUUGACAAUUUUAGACCCCCUCCCUCCCCCACGUAACAACUUUUGUAUGGGAAAUUUUGGAAUUUUGUAUGAAGCGUAACACAGUGCUAGACCCCCUCCCUCCCCCCUUAGCGUUACGUAAUAUUUGAACG